AUGGCACCAACAAUCAAGAACGUCGCCCUCGCCGGCGCCGGCGGCAACCUAGGCCCUUCCCUCCUGAAGGCCCUCAUGGACUCCAAGAAAUUCACCAUCACAAUCCUCACCCGCAAAACCGGCUCCCAAAAGUUCCCCGCGGGCGUCACAGUCAAGGAAGUAGACUACGAGUCCCUCGACUCCCUGACCCAGGCCAUCAAGGGCCAAGACGCCCUCAUCAACUCGACGAACAGCUUCGACCCCAAAGUAGCAACCCGCGUCGUCGACGCCGCCGUCGCCGCGGGCGUCUACCGCUACAUCCCGCCCGACUUCGGCCUGGACCCCGCGCGCGCCCACGUGCCGAGCCUGCCCAUCUUCGGCAUCAAGGCCCUGACGCACGGCCACAUGCAGCAAAAGGCCCAGGAGAACGAAGGCAAGUUCACCUACACCAUCGUCACCAACGGACCUUUCCUCGACUGGGGCAUCCGGUCCAGCUUCAUGGGCGUCGACGUCAAGAACAAGAAGCUCUCGCUCUUCAACGACGGCGAGAACGUCAUUCCCUACACGAUGCUCGCCGACGUAGGCAAGGCUGUCGUGGGGACCUUGUUGCACCCGGAGGAGACGGCCAACAGAGUCGCGUACAUUCAGUCCGCCGUCAAGUCGCAGAAGCAGAUGGGCGCCCUCGCUCAGGAGGCCGUGAGCGGUUCGUGGGAGACGACCACCGUCGACGUUGACGCCAUCUACGCGAGCUGUAUGGAGUCUAUCAAGAAGGGUAUCAUGACGCCCGAUGUGAUGUACCCACAGCUCUUAUAUGCGUGCGCCAAAAAGGAGUUGGCCCAGCCGUGGGCAAAGAGCGACAAUUCGCUCUUUGGCAUUAAGGAAAUGAGCGACGAUGAACUGAAGGCGCUAUACAAGCAAAUUGCUUCCGAGUAA